UGGACAGCGACCAGGAGCUGUACAAGAACUUCCCCCUGGUCAUAUCGGAGCGCUGGCAGCAGGAAGUGGCGGAGACGGUUUACGAGGCCGUCAACUCGGACACGGAUAAGAACGAAGCUCGAAAGAGGGCCAAGAACAAGCAGCUGGGCCACGAGGAGGACUACGCUCUGGGGAAGGACUGCAUAAUGCACGGCUACAUGCUGAAGCUGGGGAACCCGUUUCUCACUCAGUGGCAGCGCAGAUACUUCUACCUGUUCCCCAACCGUGUGGAGUGGAGAGGGGAGGGCGACACACGGCAAAACCUGCUGACGAUGGAGCAGAUCGUGUCGGUGGAGGAAACGCAGAUUAAAGACAAGAAGUGCAUCCUGCUGCGCAUCAAAGGAGGGAAGCAGUUUGUGCUGCAGUGUGAGAGCGAUCCAGAGUUCGUGCAGUGGAAGAAAGAGCUGACCGAGGCGUUCACAGAAGCUCAGAAACUUCUGCGCCGCGCCCCCAAAGUCAUCGGGAAGAGCCGCGCCGCAGUGGUGGAGCUCACCAAACCGCCGCUCACACACCGCAACAGCAACGGCCUGUGAAUACACACACAUAAACACAACACAUUUACACACACACACACACACACACACACAUACACACACAUUUACACACACACACUGCAACCCCACCUCCUCCCUCCUGAAACAGCUGCAGGACGUUUCACACCCUUCCCAAGACCCCGCCCACAACCGACGCCUCGCAGUGUGACCACCAGCCUCUCACACACACACCCACACACACAUGCACACACACACACACACGUACAUAACACAUACACACACACGAUGACCAAUCAUAGAGUUUUUAUUUGCCAUGGGACCUCGCCAGUUCACCGAGAGGAAGACGAGGAGCAUUCGGGGAGGACUCAGCAUGUGAAGAAACCUCUGCAUGAAUGUGACGUCCCUGUCUCUCUCUCUUUCUCUCUCUCUCUCUCCCUCCCUCCCUCUUUCCCUCUUUCCCUCCUACCUUCCUCCACCUGGACUCACAUUAACCCGGGACACUUGUGGAGCUGAAGGUCUGAUCCUCUGGUCUCUUAAGAGAGGCGCUGACGGAGGAUCCAUCAGGUGUGUGAGGGGGGGUGAAGAAGAAGAGGCUGCUGACUUGUCCUCCUCUCUCUCUCCCCCUCCUCCCUCCUUCCUCCCCCCUCCCUCUGUUCCUGAAGUGCAUAAAGUGCCAACAUGGAUAUUUACUUGAGUCCCCCUGCAGCCCCCUGGAGGACGUCCCGGGUCGGUGCAGCAGGUGGAGGUGGUGGGUGGGGGCGUUUCGGUGGUGGUGUUGGUGGAUCAUUCCGAUGCAGACGAACAGGAAGUACAAGAAACCACAGACUGCUUCUCAUUGGCUCUUGUACGGCCGGCUGCCAUAGAGACUGAGCUCUUAUUGGCUGACGGAAACAGCAGCCGGUUGCUAUGAAAACGGGAAAGAGAGGAGGGAGGGAGGAGGAAAGAGAGAGGGAGGGAGGGAGAGUGUAUAUAAGAAACCCUUUCUCUGUGCAUCUCCAGUGUUUUAGUCCGACGUGUUUGCAUUAUGGGGACUUCUUCUCUGUCUGACUGUUUGUGGACGUGAGCGAGGGAGGGAGGGAGGGAGGGAGGGAGGAGGAGGGGGAGGAGUCUGACAGCUGUCAAUCACUCGCAGCGCUGCGUCGCCUCAGCUCCACCGAGUCACGGUGAAUUCUUUUAAAGGGGCCAAACUCUCAACGCUCUCUGCUCGCUCCAAUGUUCGUGUCCUCGCCGCUCGCCGCUCGCUCUCGCACGACGCCGUGAGGCAGCGGACGCUUCAUACAGACGUCUCUCUUUCAUCACGAAGGCGUGGAAAUGUUUACUUUAUGCACUCGUGUACGUCUGGCCUGCGUUUCCCAGAAUGCUUUGCAGGGAGAGGCGAGUGAAAUGCACGCUCGUUUCAAACGCUGCAACGCUGAUCGUUCCUUUAGUUCGGUUUAAAGUAAAAGCAUGAUGUCAUCUUCUGUUAGCCCAAACAGGAAGUCCUUCUUUAAACUGUUUUAUUAUCACAACACCCGAAGAAGACGGAUGUAAGACGCUGCAGACAGGAAGUAGAACGACGAUGUUUUUAUCUCUGAUUGAAAACUUAAAGACGCCUGAAGUCCUCGCUCUAAACAUCUCACUCUCUAAAUUUAAACUUCUUCUUCAACACGUUCAAAUGUUCGUGUCCUCGCCUUGACGGCGUCAAGCAGCGGACACUUCAUACAGAAGUCUCUCUUUCAUCACGAAGGCGUGGAAAUGUUUCUGCUCGUUCCUUUAGUUUGGAUUAAGUAAAAGCAUGAUGUCAUCCUCAGCCAGCCAAACAGGAAGUCAUUCUUUAAGCCUUUUUUUAUUAUCACAACACCCAAAGAAGACGGACGUAAGAAGCUGCAGACAGGAAGUAGAAGUUGAAAAGUUAAGCUAACCUGCAGACGUUUCAUGUAACGACCUGGAUUUGUGUUUGUACGUUUGCAGACGAUGUUUUUAUCUCCGAUUGAAAGAUGAAAUUAAAGACGCCUGCAGUCCUCGUUCUACAAAUCUAACGUUCUAAAUUUAAACUUGUUCAUGAACGUGUUUGAAUGUUCGUGUCGUCGCCUUGCAGCUCGCUCUCAGCGGACGCUUCGUACAGAAGUCUCUGAUUCAUCAUGAAGGCGUGGAAAUGUUUCUGCACGCUCCUUUAAAACGCCGAUCGUUCCUUUAGUUCGGUUUUACAUAAUAGCAUGAUGUCAUCUUCAGACGGCCCAACAGGAAGUAAUUCUUUAAACUGUUUUUAGUAUCAAACACCCGAAGAAGACUGACUUAAGAAGCUGCAGACAGGAAGGCAAGGGACGAGUUGAGCUGACCUGCAGACGUCCCAAAUUCUGGUUUGUACGUUUGCAGACGAUGUUUUUAUCUCCGAUUGAAAGACGAACUUUAAGACGCCUGCAGUCCUCGUUCUACAAACCUAACGUUCUAAAUUUAAACUUCUUCUUCUUCAACACGUUCAAAUGUUCGUGUCCUCGCCUUGACGGCGUCAAGCAGCGGACACUUCAUACAGAAGUCUCUCUUUCAUCACGAAGGCGUGGAAAUGUUUCUGCUCGUUCCUUUAGUUUGGAUUAAGUAAAAGCAUGAUGUCAUCUUCAGCAAGCCAAACAGGAAGUCAUUCUUUAAGCCUUUUUUUAUUAUCACAACACCCGAAGAAGACGGACGUAAGAAGCUGCAGACAGGAAGUAGAAGUUGAAAAGUAAAGCUAACCUGCAGACGUUUCAUGUAACGACCUGGAUUUGUGUUUGUACGUUUGCAGACGAUGUUUUUAUCUACGAUUGAAAGACGAACUUAAAGACGCCUGCAGUCCUCGUUCUACAAAUCUAAAGCUCUAAAUUUAAACUUCUUCAUGAACGUGUUUGAAUGUUCGUGUCGUCGCCUUGCAGCUCGGUCUCAGCGGACGCUUCGUACAGAAGUCUCUGAUUCAUCAUGAAGGCGUGGAAAUGUUUCUGCACGCUCCUUUAAAACGCUGAUCGUUCCUUUAGUCCUGUUUUAAGUAAAAGCAUGAUGUCAUCUUCAGACGGCCCAACAGGAAGUCCUUCUUUAAACUGUUUUUAGUAUCAAACACCCGAAGAAGACGGACUUAAUAAGCUGCAGACAGGAAGGCAAAGGACGACUUGAGCUGACCUGCAGACGUCCCAAAUUUGAGUUUGUACGUUUGCAGACGAUGUUUUUAUCUCCGAUUGAAAGACGAACUUUAAGACGCCUGCAGUCCUCGUUCUACAAACCUAACGUUCUAAAUUUAAACUUCUUCUUCAACACGUUCGAAUGUUCGUGUCGUCGACCUCUCAGCUCGCUCAAUAUCGUCCUGCUGUCUCACAUGACGGCGUCAAGCAGCGGACGCUUCGUACAGAAGUCUCUCUUUCAUCAUGAAGGCGUGGAAAUGUUUCUGCACGCUCCUUUAAAACGCUGAUCGUUCCUUUAGUCCGGUUUUAAGUAAAAGCAUGAUGUCAUCUUCUGUCAGCCCAACAGGAAGUCCUUCUUUAAACUGUUUUAUUAUUUUCACAACACCUGAAGAAGAGUCGGGUCUCAAACACACGAGAGAGACGGACGUAAGAAGCUGCAGACAGGAAGUAGAAGUUGAAAAGUUGAGCUGACCUGCAGACAUUUCAUCUAAGGUCCCAAAUUUGGGUUCAGACGUUUGCAGACGAUGUUUUUAUCUCUGUUCGUAAAACUAAAUCCGGCAAAAAGACGAACUCUGAGACGCCUUCACUCCUCGUUCUACAAACCUAACGUUCUAAAUUUAAACUUCUUCUUCUUCAACAAGUUCAAAUGUUCGUGUCGUCGACCUCUCAGCUCGCUCAAUAUCGUCCUGCUGUCUCACAUGACGGCGUCAAGCAGCGGACGCUUCGUACAGAAGUCUCUCUUUCAUCAUGAAGGCGUGGAAAUGUUUCUGCACGCUCCUUUAAAACGCUGAUCGUUCCUUUAGUCCGGUUUUAAGUAAAAGCAUGAUGUCAUCUUCUGUCAGCCCAACAGGAAGUCCUUCUUUAAACUGUUUUAUUAUUUUCACAACACCUGAAGAAGAGUCGGGUCUCAAACACACGAGAGAGACGGACGUAAGAAGCUGCAGACAGGAAGUAGAGGUUGGAAAGUUGAGCUGACCUGCAGACGUUUCAUCUAAGGUCCCACAUUUGGGUUCAGACGUUUGCAGACGAUGUUUUUAUCUCCGUUCGUAAAACGAAAUCCGGCAAAAAGACGAACUCUGAGACGCCUUCACUCCUCGUUCUAAACAUCUAACGCUCUAAACUUCUUCUUCUUCGACGUGUUACAGGAACGUUCCGGUGCAGCUCUCUUGAGCCAAAGUUGCACUCGUUUCUUUUCUUUGGGCGUUUCGGCGAGGACACGCCGAGACUCUCAGACGUGAUCCCGUAUUUAUUGAUUAACGUCACGAUGCGAUCGGCGAGAUGAAACGCAGCUGUGAGAUCAGUUUAAAGGUUCAGGUGGAGGAAGAGUCCAGAUAUGAUUUUAUUCUUUUAUUCUCUUUAAUGUGACACCAUGUAGACGGGGGGAGACUUAUUUUAAAUUGGGGAUCUGUUGGAACACGCAGGAGGAAGAGGAGGAGGAGGAAGAGGAGGAGGAAGAGGAGGAGGGAGGAGGAGGAUGAUGGAGCGUUUGGAUCUGUGGUUGAUUUCAGGGUUUUUCUUUCUCAUGCAGUAACUCGUGUCCUCGUCUGCGACGCACCCAGAGCUGUGACCCGCAGUAGGAGCAGGGAUCGAUCCGGGGUGUGUGAUUGGUUUGAUUUUUCUUUGUAGCCUUUAAGCAGUCGGGGGCGGAGAGAGAGACGAUCGUCUUCUAGAGAAAAUGUGUCACCUCUCAAGGUGUCUUUUAUUUUUGUAAACCAAAAUGGUUUUUAUUGUUUUCAUUGAAACUUAUGUUGUUGCACCUUUUUAGCCCAAUGUGUUACUUACUAGUCGUUCAAUGUGCCAAAUAACUGUUGCUGACGGAGAGGAACCCACGGGGCGCCUCGUGUCUCUGAACUCUGUGACCCGCUCGCUCCGGUCCACUCACAAACUCUGCAGCGGCGGCGGAGGAGGCGGCGGCGGAGGAGGCGGAGUCGUCUUUUUGAAGGGUAUAAAACUGUGACCAAACCGAAGAAGAAGAAGAAGAGGAGGAAGAAGAAGAGGUGUGUGUGUGUGUGUGUGUGUGUGUGUGCAGGAUGUUGACACACACACACACCACCCCUCUCUCUCGACUCGUGGCUAACGUUUCCUCUCACACUGUGUGUCCGUCAUGUGAGUGUGUGUGUGUGUGAGCUUCAUUCUGUACGUUCAUGCGGUGGACUUUUUACUUUCACUUCUUUCUCAGAUUCUCAAAAACACGCUCGACACCAGACGAUUUCAAAAAGGAUGGCAUAUAGGAAAAAAUUCAAAGUAUAUAUAAAUAUAUGUGUAUAUGAAAUGAGGAAAUGCUCUAGGUUUAUUUAAAGAUUUACUGUAGAUCCAGUCGUUCGGGGAGGUCGGGGGUUCGAUGUGAGUAUAAUUGUUUGUGGUGAAGACUUCAGCUCAAAUCUUGCACAUAAAGACUUUAGAUAUCGUACCUGCGAGUUCCAGAUGAUUAUUUUUGUUUGAAUACAGGACUCUUUGCUCUUUCAUAUUUAUUGGCGUGCGAGGGGAGCGCUCUCUGGCUCCGCCCCCCCUCGGCGCGUUGGAGCCCUCGCUGUAGAAACUCCUCCAGUUUACACCAUCAGAACCUGUUUUUGUUUUUCAUACGCCACAGACAAACACAGAUACUACUGGCUUUGGGUUAUUAUUGCCAUAAAGGUUAUGAUAAUACUGAUAUAUAAUUGAUAAUAUUAUUCAAUGAUUAUUAUGAAAUUUAUUUUAUUUCAAUGAUUUCUUUGGUUUUCAGACAGGUAGGAAGUUGCGUGUUGGACUGCUUGUAAAAACAGUUCAUGAAAUAAAAAUCCUUUUUCCGUGUUG